AUGUCUUCCAAGACUUCGGGGCCCACUGACAUCUCCUCGACCGCUGCUGAGCGUCUCAUCCAAGUGGGCAAGCAUUUAAAUCCAACGACCACGGAGCGAAAAGAGGUUCUAGAUGCAUAUAUCCUGAGCGCCGCCAGGACCCCGACCACUCGCUUCGGUAGUUCAUUCACCAACGUGCCCGCGACAGAACUAGGAGCAUACGCCAUUAAAGAGGCACUUAGAAAGUCCAAGUUGCCGUCGGCCAGGAUCACUGAUGUCUACAUGGGCAAUGUCCUACAAGCAUCUGGUGGCCAGUCACCUGCCCGUCAAGCUUCAAUCCUUGCCGGAAUCCCCGUUACGGCCGAAGCGGUCACCAUCAAUAAAGUUUGUGCAUCUGGUCUCAAGGCGGUUGUGAUGGCCGCCCAAAAUAUCCAGCUAGGGCUAUCCGACGCCCAGGUUGCUGGCGGGAUGGAAAGCAUGUCCAGUGUCCCAUUCUACCUUCCCAGGACACCCCGCUUCAGUCAACCGGGAGAUAUCAAGCUCGUGGAUGGCCUAAUUAAGGACGGACUUUGGGACGUGUACAACCAGAUACACAUGGGAAGUUGUGCGGAGAACACAGCCAAAAAGCUCAAUAUCUCUCGAGAGGCUCAGGACGAAUAUGCCAUCCGUAGCUUUCAACGAGCACAAAAGGCGUGGGCUGAAGGGAAGUUCAAGGACGAAAUUGUUCCAGUCACUGUGAAGGGAAAAAGCGGGGAUGUUGUAAUCAGUCAAGAUGAAGGGUUUGAGAGGCUUAAUGUGGAAAAGGUGCCAAAGUUGAAGCCGUCAUUCACCAAGGAUGGUACUGGGACUGUGACAGCUGCAAACUCCUCGCCUCUUAACGACGGUGCGAGCGCGUUGGUGUUGGUCAACAAGGCUCUUGCACAAGAGUACGGAUCUCAGAGCCAGGUUUUGUCAAAGAUCAUUUCAACGGCGGACGCUGCCGUUGAUCCUAUUGAUUUUACCAUUGCCCCGGCCAAGGCAGUGCCGAUCGCUCUAGAGCGUGCAGGAUUAAAGAAAGAGGAUAUCGCAGUGUGGGAAUUCAAUGAAGCCUUCGCAGCGGUCAUCAAGGCCAACGCAAAGAUUCUCGGCCUUGAAAACGCAAAUGUGAACCUGCUAGGAGGAGCUCUCUCUUUGGGCCACGCCCUCGGCAGCUCGGGAUCCAGGAUUCUCACCACUCUGCUGCAUCAGCUUAAGGUCGGGGAGUACGGCGUCGCAGCUGUUUGUAACGGUGGUGGGGCAGCAACUGCAAUUGUGGUUCAAAGAGUGAAGAGUGUAGAUUGA